UAUUUUUGCAGUGAUGCUUCACUUCUUCACCACUCUAAUAUCUUACACCUGAUCGAUGAAAAUUUCGAAAAACUGAUUGAAAAAAAAACUGUUUCUUAUUUUUGCGUAAGUUCAUUCAAAGCAUGCAGAGAAAGUGAUCGAAGAGGGACUAGGAAUGAAGAGACACUGCAACCUAAGCGUUCCAUUUCGUCGAUCCAAUGUAACAUCGGCCUCAUUGGUAGGUCCUCGUAGCCAACUAGUGACAACUAGGUCAAAUGGAAUUACCAUAACCAGCUCCUACAGUGAUGCAACUGAGCUUCAGGCAAUAGCGAUUCUUUGGGUUGCAAGAAGAGAAACCGAAGAGAAGUAUAAUGCGAUGAGGUCGAUAAAUGCGGGAUCGCUCUCUCUGCACCAUGGAAAUGGAGGACUCUCACUAAAGAAAUCUCUUCAGAUAUUUCUGCAGAAAAGGAAAGAUAGAAUUCAAGCAUCCAUGCCCUACUAGAUAGAUAAUAUGUAUUUAAUUAUAAUAUGAGAUUGAUAAUAUAUUCUGUAAUAUUGAUAUAUCAUUUGAAUGCUAUUAAGUUGUGAAGAAAGAAUUUAUUGUAACGAGAGAAUGGUCCAAACUGAGUUUCUACUUUGGUUCUCUUUGUUACUUGUUAUGGGAAAUGAGAGUUGGUUGAAGUGAGAUAAACUCUAGUUUUAAUGCAUAACAAUGACAUGUUUCGUUCUGUUACGUUGGAGCUCAUUCAACAAUGGUCGAAAUAGCAAAAGUUGGUGA